UGUGACUGAUUGGAGAUGCGAGAGGAAUCGAGAAGAAUUUGUGGUAAAGGUGAAAGUAUAUGGGACAAGUUGACGCACGAUCAUCCAGAGUCGAUCAAAGACGAGACCAAUGGAGAUGUGGCCUGUAAUUCGUACCAUCUUUACGAAGAAGAUGUUCGGCUUUUGAAAGAUUUGGGGGUGCAUUUCUACCGGUUCUCCAUAUCUUGGCCACGAAUUUUACCAACUGGACACGUGAACUUGGUGAAUCAAGCUGGCAUCGACUAUUAUAAUAAACUAAUAGAUGAAUUGAUUGCUAAUGGAAUAGAGCCCAUGGUUACGAUGUAUCACUGGGACUUACCUCAGCCAUUACAGAAUCUUGGUGGAUGGACCAAUCCACUCAUAGCGAAUUACUUCGAGGAUUAUUCACGUGUCCUGUAUACUAACUUCGGAGACAGGGUGAAAUGGUGGAACACUAUCAAUGAACCCAAAUCAGUUGUUCUUGGGUACAGCAUUCCGAUUGGAUUUGCCCCUAACGUCGUGACAUAUGGCCACGGUGAAUACCAGGUGAUACACACAAUCCUUCUGUCACAUGCCAGGGCUUACCGUGUCUAUGAACGAGAAUUCAAGGAAACCCAAAAAGGCAAGGUGUCCAUAGUAUCGGUGUGCAACUGGAUUGAACCAAAGACCGACAGCAAAGAAGAUCUCGAGGCGGCAGAGAGGACACGACAGAUGCAUAUAGGUUGGAUCCUGCACCCAAUCUACAGUAAAACCGGCGAUUAUCCGCCCAUAAUGAAAGAGUGGUUGGCCAAGAAAUGUAAAGAAGAAGGUUAUAAUAGAUCUCGACUACCAAGCUUUACCAAGGAGGAAGUGGAAAUGGUGAAAGGUACAUGGGAUUUCCUGGGUCUGAACCAUUACACGACAGUCUUUGUAUCUGAGAGCUUACAACAUUUCCCUUUGUUUAUGGACUGUGAUGUUGGUGUGGAACAAGAUAAAAGCUACCCAACUGCAUCUUCAAUCUGGUUGCAGGUGAUCCCAUGGGGUUUCAGGAAGAUCCUCAACUGGAUCGCCAAGGAAUACGACAAUCCGCCCGUUUUGAUAGCGGAAAAUGGAUUCUCUGACCGUGGAGACCUGAAUGAUACAGACAGGAUCAGUUACUUCGUUAACUACUUGCGUGAAUUACUGAAAGCUUUGAAUCAAGAUGGUUGCGAUAUAUUCGGGUACACCGCCUGGAGCCUGAUGGACAACUUCGAGUGGGCGUCUGGAUACACUGAAACAUUUGGCCUGUAUCACGUGGAUUUCAGUGAUCCAGAUCGAAGGCGAACGGCCAAGAAAUCGGCCGAGGUGUUUUCGGAGAUAGUUAAAAGGAACGAGAUACCCGCACGUUUCUUGACUGAGAAGAGUUCUCUGUAAAGCGUUGGGGCUGUUAAGUGUUCUAAAAGAAUGCGUUCCACCAUCUCGUCAUUUGUAUUAUCUGUGAAAUAUUUAUAAUAAUGCCUUCUAAAUGUCAGGAGGUUACAUUAAGAGAAUUAAUUCUUCGUAUACAUUGGGCCAGAUACGGAUUCGCUAUUUGUCCCAGGCUAGAGGCUCCACAGCAUUUGAAGAAAUAUAUUUAAUAUUAAGGACAAUAUAAGAAGGAAUAAUAAUGGUUCAGAUGAGUGAUGAAGACCGCAAAUUUUAAUGUUUUAAUUAGCGUUUUGUAUCGGUGACAUUUGUACUUGUAUAAUUUAUGUUUAAAUGAACAAAAAUCAGCUAAUUAAUGUAAUAUGUUCACUGAAGCCACUUGAAUCCAAGCCACAUCUUUACACCCUAUUUCUCUAAGAUUUAUUCUAAUAUGAAAUAUUAAUAUUCAUAAAAAGAAGUUAUUUAAAAUAAUAUAAGUAAUUUCAUAUGUUUACUGAAGCCACGAAUUAUGGGUACACGUUUGUGUACCUAACUUAGCUCAGCCAGAUUUUCAGACAUAAAGAGCGAGUGAUUAAGUUACGUACUGCUUCAUUAAGUAUUUAUCAUAUAAAAAAUAUUUUAAAUAAAGUAUUUACGUGUUAAUGAAAUCCCA